GAGAGAGAGACAGAGAGAGAGAGCUGCCCCGUGGAAAACGGAAAUGUUCAGUGUGCACAGAGUGCCUUGCAUAUUUCACUCUGACAUCUCACUACUAUGUUUUCCAACAUGAUAGUGGUUAGAAUAGGGUGCUGGAAUUGAAGCACAGAUUAGUAGCAUCCUUGUUGCAGUGGCUGUGGCAUGAAUUCUCUGGAGAAAACAGAAAUAAACUGAAACGGCAUGAAUAAAUUAAUCCAGCAUAAUUACCCAUGGCUUCCUCAGGAGAUCCUAUUCUUUGAUUAAGGAAUUCCACCAGCACUGGAGAGCACACUCUGCCUUUGUUUCCCAGGUUUUAGCUUUCAACGUAUAACUGAAAAAGUCCCAGAAAAGUUGAUCUUUCCAUUGAUAAUCUCUGAAGAGUUGCAGACCCACUGAGUACUAAAGCAAACCUUUCUUCUGCAUGAGCCAAAAAGAAAAUAAAAAGAAAAACAGCCUGCCAAACACCUGUAAAGUGACGACUAUCAUCAUAUGGGAAUUUGAAGAAUUGCUUUAUGGCAUAUUCAUGAUCCAAAUGGGAGAGGAUCAACUGUUGUGAUGUCUCAGAAGACCUUAUAACAGUGUAAACAAGAAGAGAAAAAUAUAACGGCUUGUCAUCUGUGCUUGCACACUAGAUUUCCAUGUAGUUAUUGUAGACAAAUCCAAAGCAAACAUGCAUAUAGUUCUUUGAAAAUCAUGUGUGGAAGCUCAGACUGACACAGCAAAAACGAGGUUAUUUUACACUCAUUCUCUCUAACCCUUGGAUGAUCUGUCUCUGAGAAGAUCAGUUAAUUGUGAAUUUAGGUUUUGAACCACCAUUUGGCAAAGACAGUUUCUUUAGGAAGAAACAUGCCUGCAAAUGACACAUGUGCUGGGCCAGAGGGAGACAAUGCAGAUUUUCGAUACUUUAUCUAUGCAGUGACAUACACUGUCAUUCUCGUGCCAGGUUUCAUAGGGAACAUAUUAGCCUUGUGGGUAUUUUAUGGCUAUAUGAAAGAAACAAAACGAGCUGUGAUAUUCAUGAUAAACUUAGCCAUUGCUGACUUACUACAAGUUCUCUCCCUGCCACUGAGGAUCUUUUACUACUUGAAUCAUGACUGGCCAUUUGGGACUGGCCUAUGCAUGUUCUGUUUCUAUCUGAAGUAUGUCAACAUGUAUGCAAGCAUCUACUUCUUGGUCUGCAUUAGUGUACGACGAUUUUGGUUUCUCAUGUACCCUUUUCGCUUCCAUGACUGCAAACAGAAAUAUGACGUAUACAUCAGCAUUGCUGGCUGGCUGAUCAUCUGCCUUGCCUGUCUGCUCUUUCCUCUCCUGAGAACAAGUGAGGACACCCCAGGCAACAGAACCAAAUGUUUUGUGGAUCUUCCUACCAGGAAUGUCAAUCUGGCCCAGUCUGUUGCCAUGAUGACCAUUGGCGAGUUGAUCGGGUUUGUCUCUCCUCUUCUGAUAGUUCUAUAUUGUACCUGGAAGGCUGUUUUAUCACUGCAAGAUAAAUAUCCUGUGACCCAAGACCUUGGAGAGAAAAAGAAAGCCUUGAAGAUGAUUCUGACCUGUGCGGGAGUGUUCCUAAUAUGCUUUGCACCUUACCACUUUAGUUUUCCUCUAGAUUUCCUGGUCAAGUCCAACAAAAUUAAAAGCUGCCUAGCCAGAAGGGUGAUUCUGAUAUUUCAUUCUGUUGCCCUGUGUCUUGCUAGUCUGAAUUCUUGCCUUGAUCCAGUUAUAUACUAUUUCACCACCAAUGAGUUCAGAAGACGGCUUUCAAGACAAGAUUUGCAUGAUAGCAUCCAACUCCAUGAGAAAUCCUUUGUGAGAAACCAUAUUGUUUCUACCUUGACAACUGAAUUACGCUAAAUAAAAAACAAACAAAAAAAAAAAACAAAAACCAAACAAACAAACAAAAAACUUGAUGUGGCCUGAAAUGCAAAUAUAUUAGAACACAUUUGCAAUACCCCAAGCUACUGGGAAGUUACAGGAAGUACCCACAGCUUUUCAGUCAUGCUCUAUGUUACCUAACAUCUUUAUAACAGAACUUAUUUAGGGAGUUAUACUCCACCAUCCCUGAUGUUGACAUGUCUGUGUAGUAAUUUGUUACCAAGUCUUUAAGACCUGAACUUCAGUGACAUCCUAUACACAUAUUCUCUCAACUAGAAUCAGCUGUUUUAUCUGUGAACCUAAGACACAAAGAGACAUUUAGCUUGGGGUCAUCAUUAGCACUUAGUUUUGUUACAAUGGACACUGAGUAUUUAGAGGCAAUGUAGUUGUCUAUUUAUAUUGGUAAUCACAGUUUGCAUUCCAACAUCAUAUUUUUGGUUGUAUUUUAAGUAGGAUGGCCAAUAUGUCUUUCUGUGAAAAUAAAGUGUUAUAAACAUGGGACCAUUUUCAUCUCCCAUGUGUGAUUACACUCUGGGGUUUGAAGACUUAAAUAGCUAUUCCCUUCAUUUCAGUGUCAAUAUGAAACAUCAUCUGUUACCCCUAUUCAUAGAAGGAAAAACUGAACUUAGGCCUUUGGUAUGCUAAAAAUAAGAACAAGAAACAGAUUCACAUACAAUUCCUUGAUACAACUGUAUAAGCUGCCAUAUUGAAUCUACCCAGGGCAGAUAGGUUAUCAAAGUUCAUACAAUGUGACCCAAAUUGCCUUUAUAGGCCCAGGAGACAGCACAUAGGUGACAAUCACAGUUUUGGUUUUCUUAAACUAUUUCCAAAUAACACAUUUGGAGAUGUAUGGAUCUGCCUAGUAAAAAGAGUUUUCAUUAUGCUUCCAGAGUGACUUUGAGGUAUUCUGACAGGUUACUGAAUUUUCUGAGCCUAUGGAAGAAGUAGUACACUAACUAAUCACUAAGCUUAGGCCAGAGCAAAAGAUGAAGUAGAGUUGGGUACAUCUCUUAAAAGCUUCGCCACAUUGUAUUUCUUAUUUUAAGUUAGGUGGCAGCUGUCAAGCUACAUUUACAAGUCAGAGUAAGGUUUGGAGGCAGCCAGGCAUGUGGAUCCUAGUCUUCAGUAAUUUGUCUGGUCCACUUUUGCCCUAGUCAUAACAUUCUGAGGUCUGCAAAGCCUACCUCCCAGCAGCAGAAGAAGACAAUUCUUUCACCUUUUAAAAAAGUGCAGAAGACAAAUUUUGGCAGCAUUUAACACCCCUUACAAUGCCUUGUCUGCUACCUGUUUGGUACUAGUAUUCAGGAAAUGGACUGAAGAUAUGAACAUUAAUUAAAUAUGAGGUCUUACAUAUUUACAAUACUUUGAAACAUAUUUUAGCAAAAAGCCCUAACUUAAAAAAAAUGAUCUACUUAAAAUGUGUGUGCUACACAAUGAAGACACAUAGUACUUCUAAUCUGGAAAGAAUGUGGAAAUAAACCAAGGAUUCCUCCAUAAUUAGAUGAAAAGAGUUGUUUUAGGCACACAAUUAUGAUACUAAUAUGUUUUGGGGAAAAACUGGUGAAAUCAAAAUGGAUUCUAAUAUCUAAGAUGAAUAGAAAAUUUUCUAAUGUUUUCUCUGGGCAAGUGUGGAUUUUGCUUGUAUUUUGUUAUUAAAAUAACAUCCUAUUAGAAGACUGACUUUGUGCUGCUAGCAAUAGUAUAUCUAUUUAUCUCCUAAUUAUUCACUGUAAGAAACAUAUUUUGAUGUGUUAAAUUGUGUUUUUAAAAAGGGUAACUGUAACUAUAUCUGGUCUCUUUGCUUUAAAAUGAUUUGUGUUUUAAUAUAAUUUAGUGUUGUAAUGGGAUCACUAGUAAUAAUUUUGUGGGUACUUGUAAUGGAAGAGUCUUAUAUGUGUUUACUAUUGUCUACAUAAGCAUGAAUUACACUUCUUAGGGUCAUUUUGGGAGACCCGUGAUUCAAUUUUAUGAACAUAUUAAUUUCACUUUAAACAUAUCUUUUUUUAAAGGGGAGGGAAGUAUUUCUAGGAGAUUAUUGAACUUUUAACAGAAAUGUUUGGUUGAAGUUAGAGCUUAUUUAUUAGGCAGCCCAGCAGCCCUUGCAGAUCAUUUACAUCAUUUGAGGAGAGAAUAGGUAUUCAGUAUUCUUAUGCUGCUUAGCUAAGACCACCCCUUCUCCCCAGGCCUGUCCACCUGGGUUUGUAUUCAGUGCUGUGAUUUACUUUACCUACCCCUCCUCCCCAUCAGUAUGUUUUGUCUUCUGUCCUAUUCCUUUGUUCUUCUAGUCACUAAUCUGAUCAAUUUACUCACACUGAAGUACUAUUGACUAAUAUUAGCUUAUAUUGACUAAUAUUGGCCCAGGGAUAUUUGAAUUCUAGGCCUUAGGGAUAAACCUUAACUCAAAGUGCUAAUCACUAACUUUUAAUGGAGGAAUUAAAGACACUGAAGCAGACUGGAGGAGAAGAUAUUUUGAAGAAAGUGGGUUUUAUAGCAUUGUUUUUCAGAUUACACAUAGUAAGUGAUCACCUACAUUGCUUACUAUAAUGGAGAUGUUAAAAGACAUGUAGCCACAAGCAUGGUUAUCUGUUUCUAGAUCUCUACUUGUUUUCUUUUUCUUUUUGAUUUUCCCCUUCUAACUCAGGACCUGAUUUUCAUUGAAAAAUCUAAACUAGGGGAGAAGUAUUGCUGCAUUUGCCAUCUAGACAGCAGCCUUCUAUCUGAGCUUCUCCUUUCCUUGGAGAAGUUUUUCUCCAAACCUUCCAUCUAUCACUCUCUGGGUUAAAUAAAAUUAGGGAGCCAAAAGUAAACACACUUAACUACAGUAAAGUACAAUUCAAGAUAAAUAAGCUCACAUUUUCUAUAUGAAGUUAUGAGUUCUGAUUACAAUAUACACAUAAUUAUUCCAACAAGAGAGAUUUUGAAUAUGGAGUGAUUUCCAUGUUAUUAUGAUACUCAUUAUUGUUAUUAUUAUGAUAUUCAAAUGUUUUAUGUUUUCAUUUUCACACAGUUAAGCAGCUAUUUCUCUUAACCUGUAACUCCACGAAAAUGAGCCAUCUACCAUAGGAACAACAAAUCAAGCAAACUUGGUCUGAAAGUGUGCAUAAGUGAAACUCUUAUGCAACUUCAUUUUUAUUUCAUCUUUUUGUUUUUACU